AACUCUACCUUGACAUAACCACCAACUCCACAAUACAAAUACUCAAGAUGUCCGCCCAAAACUCUGCGGGUAUCCAGACCCUGCUCGAUGCCGAGCGUGAAGCCCAGAAGAUCGUCCAGCAAGCAAGAGAAUACCGCACCAAGCGCGUAAAGGACGCUCGAAACGAAGCGCAAAAGGAAAUCGACGAUUACAGGAACGAGAAGGAGGCCGAGUACCAGAAGUUUGAGAAGGAGCACAGCUCAGGCAACCAAAAGGCCGAAGAGGAUGCAAAGAAGGACACUGAUGCCAAGAUCAAGGAGAUUGAGGAGAUUGGCAACAAGUCAGGUGGAAAGGUUGUUGACCAGUUGAUUGAGGCCGUCAUCAGCGCACACCCAGAGCCACCAAAGAAAUAAGGGCGGAUAGAGGCGGGCAGUCCUUCGGAGAUGCAAGCGGGUAAUCAAGAGCAUCUAUUGUCAAAGAGUCGAGCACUUUGAGCAGCGUUGCAAGCGGUGUUUCCUGUACAGCACCUUGCAGUGCCAAGGUUCAACUACACUUUCUGGUUUGAAUGCAAUAUACGAGACACUAUGAGAAGAGUCUCAUUAUGUAUCAAGUGAA